AUUCGAACAUCUCAUGAGAUGCAGACACGUCUGGCUUGGAUUCCCGUCAUUUUUUGGUUCCUCAAAGAUGUGGGUGCUUCAAUCUUCUUGGACCAGAUCUGUGGAAUCAAUAUCGCACUCAAAAUCACCGGCGGGCAUAAUGCAGCAUUUCAAAAUUCUGUCUGGAUGGCAGCUGUACACAAUCGGACACAUUUUAUCUGCGGUGGCACGCUGAUUCAUAAGCGAUUCGUUUUGACAGCUGCGCAUUGCAUAGUUGACCAAGACGUCCAAUCAGUGAGUUUGGGUGCCUACAACAAGAGUGAUCCUGCAGAUCGGAAAGACGUCAUAACAGCAGUAGUGCAUAGUUCGUUUGACGUUCGUGCUUCCUAUGAAAAUGACAUUGGCCUGCUAAAGCUGUCCAGCGACGUUAUCUUUAAUGCCCUUAUUCGUCCAAUCUGCAUCGUUUUGAACAAGAGUAUGGCCAACCAUAUGCGCAACAUGCGGACCUUUAAAGCCUUUGGAUGGGGAACAUUACGCGGCAACAAGACAUCCGAUAUACUUCAGACAAUCAUCCUUAAUCAUUUGGAUCGUGAAGAGUGCUAUAUGGAAUUGUCUGUUUAUCCCAGUGAGAAGCAGAUAUGCGCUGGUGUACCUUCCGGAGACACCUGUGGGGGCGAUUCUGGUGGUCCCCUGACAAACGAUGUGUUUAUUCAAGGUAUCGGCAAUCGGGAAGUUCAGUUCGGGAUCAUCAGCGUUGGCAAAACAUCCUGCGAUGGACAGGGAGUGUAUACCGAUUUGAUGAGCUUUGCGGACUGGAUUAAGAUGACAAUAGAGAGGUUAUCUAUCGAGGAUGAACCACAGUCUGCACCCUUCUACAAAAUUAUACCCCAGCAGCAAGAUGUUUUUUUGUACAACGACUGUGGCGGCGCCAACAUUGCUGCGAAUUUGGAGGCACUUAUUCGUUGGUCGAUUUUUUGGACUCGGGGCAUUUUCGUAACACACCAGUUCGUGUUAACCAAUGCAAAACGCUUGCCAGAAAACUCAUCAAACUUGCAGGUAUAUCUGAAGGGAAGGACGCAAUUCUACGGGAUGUAUAGCGUGUUCGGCGUCUUCCCAAAUGAUCAAAAUGAUGUAGCGUUGCUUAAGCUUAAUCGACCCGUGACGGGCCCAGACGGAUUUAAACCCAUAUGUAUGCUGGCGAACGUAGUAGACCAACAGAGGGCCGCGUCUACUCCUCCCUUCACCAUGUUCUUCGAAGCUCCCGAUAAUGGAACUAUAUAUGAUAUCAGUGUGGCCCUUGGAAACCCCUACCAAUGCUCAGGUAGAAUCCAGAGACGAGUAGAGUGGAAUCAACUGUGCGUCGAACAUCCGUACGGAAUGGGCUUCAUUGGGAGCUACAUACUGGGGAGGAAGGUAACGAACUCGGGAAAGACUUGGUUAGUUCUAUUUGGUAUCGUCAGUGAUUCUUCAAAUGGUGUGUACGUUUUCACAAACGUUAUGAAGUUAUCGGAAUGGAUUGCAAAUACGAUAAGGAUUAACUAACUUUAGAGAUCAACUCGAUAUGCGCUAGCCGAACAUAUAAUCCAUUUGAUAAAUAAUAAAUGCUUUAUAUGCCUUUCCCCCAUCU